AUGUACGCACUCGACGUGCCGGAAGACGGUAAUGUCAGUUCGGCUCUUUACGUAAAAAAAGGAAAGUAUGGAAAACCGCCCAUAAAAAGAACGACGUAUAUACACGAUUUCAAAGAAGACAGUAAUGUCCCCUGUUCACUGCCAGCUAGAGCUGCAGGGAUAAAAAGGAAAAGGGUACAAACUGAUGCUGGCGCCAGUACAUUUAAAAAAGAAAAGCAUGAAAAACUUUCCAUUGCGGGUUCAACGUAUCAACGUGAUGUUGCGGAAGACGGUAAUGUCUCUCCUUACUUCUCGCCACCCCCUCCCCAACACAUCAUCCAAUAA